AUGACAACAGGUCGCGGAGAUUUCACUCUGCUUGAUGCAAGCAUUUCCAAGCUUCAAGAUGCCCUCUCGUCAGGAUCACUCACCAGCGUGGACUUGGUCUUCCGCUACCUGCGUCGCAUUAGCGUCUAUGACGCCAAUGGACCCAACCUCAGUGCUAUCCCCAUUCUCAACCCAUCUGUUUUCGAAGAGUCAGCUGCUUCGGAUGCGCACCGGGCAUCAGGACUUCCUCCUCGGCCACUAGAGGGAAUCCCCUUUCUAGUCAAAGACAACAUCAAAGUGAAAGGCAUGGUAGUCGCUAAUGGCUCCCCAGCAUUCGAACAUCUGAUCGCGAACGAGGAUGCCGCUUGUGUACAGCUUCUCCGUGGUGCCGGUGCUGUUCUACUCGGCAGGACCAACAUGCCUGCCAUGGCAUACGGUGGGAUGCAGCGCGGAAUCUGGGGGCGCGCUGAGAGUCCUUACAAUAAGGAAUACUUGGCCGCAGCAUAUGCUUCUGGUUCAUCGAAUGGGUCGGCGGUGGCCACAAGCUCCAAUUUCUGUGCUUUUUCUCUGGGGACCGAAACUGUCUCAUCGGGUCGUUCACCUGCGUCCAAUAAUGCCAUUGUUGCUUAUACGCCUUCCAAGGGGCUCCUCCCACUCCGCGGCGUCUUUCCUCUUUACCCAACCUGCGACGUUUUAGUGCCGCACACUAAGACAGUGGCUGAUCUUUUUUAUGUCCUCGAUGUUUUGGCCAGUUCUGACCCGAAUCCAGUGGGAGACUUUUACAAUGAGCAGAAAAUUGUGUCUCUGCCUUCGGUGACAACAAUUCGACCCGAGUCCUUCUCCAUUCUACAGGACAAGUCCUCACUACAAGGAAAACGGAUCGGUGUCCCGUCGAUGUAUAUCGGAGGUGACGACUCUUCUACUUUACCUGUUAGCAAAGUCCACACCCGAGCCUCAAUCAUCAAAUUAUGGCAAGAAGCCCGGCAUGCUCUCGAAGCAUGUGGUGCCGAAGUUAUCGAAACGGAUUUUCCUCUCGUGAGAUCCUAUGAGAAAAACGCAUCCACGGGCCAACUUGUCACCGUUGCAAAUCUUCCAGAGGGAUGGGCAGCUAAGGAACGAUGCGAAGUUGUAUCACACGCGUGGGACGAUUUCCUAGUAGCAAACAGGCAAAAGGGACUCGAGUCCUUGACUAGUGUGGAUCCCGCUACCAUCUUCCCCCUCGCACCAGGCUCUUUACUCGGUACACCUGAGGCCGCAAACAAACCACGCUGGGGUGAGAUUGUCGAGUAUCCGCAGAACAAACCACCUUCUAUCUUCGAAAUUCCUGGGAUGCAUCAAGCGGUUCAGGCAUUGGAAACCGCUCGAAAAGAAACAUUCGAGACGUGGAUGGAUGAUUUGAAUCUCGAUGCAGUUGUCUUCCCGGCUAUCGCGGAUAUCGGUGCUGCAAAUGCCGACGUGGACGAGGAAGCUUCUCGAUAUGCAUGGAGCAAUGGCAUCAAGUACUCCAAUGGGAAUCGGCCCAUACGUCAUCUUGGCAUACCAACUAUCUCUAUUCCCAUGGGGGUGAUGGAGGAUAUAAACAUGCCUGUAAGUCUUACUUUUGCUGGGAGAGCAUACGAAGAUACCAAUCUCCUGCGAUAUGGGUUUGCAUUUGAAAUGGCGACGAAAUCCCGCAUUCAACCGCCUCUUGUGCCCGCCCUUGACUCCGAUCGCAUUCUAGCUAGCGAUUCUACUCCAAAUAAUGCCUCCCAGGGUCUGAAGAUUAUGGUAGAGACACAGACAAAAGAAAUUCGUGAUUCAGAGGUCGUUGUUCAGAUCGAAGGAUCUGUGAAUAGCGCCACAGUGACAAGCAUGCUAGGUUAUAUCAAUGGUCAGCCAUGCAAUGUCACCGUGAAAGGCAGUCAAUGGUCCCUGAUGAUAACGUACCCAGUCUCCGAGCGAGAUGGCCACUGGGAAAAUUGGACCAGUCCCGCACUGAAGCAGACUAUUGUCCUUAUUAGAGCGCAUGACGAUGCUGGGUCUACAGCCGGGAAGCUGAUUCUCCUGUGA